AUGGUAGAAGAGAUCAUGGCCGGGCCUCUUGGCUACGCCCUCCUAAGUACGAUUCUCCAGGUUUCAUGGGGUACGCGGCACUUGAGGCUUCGAAAGCGGCACUAUCGAGUCUUGACCACAUGGCGAGUAUGGUUGGGAGUCAUCUUUGUGUGUUAUAUCCCAGCGUCAAAGGCUGGGAAGGCACAGAGGCGAGGACGCGUUGGGCAGGUCGUGGUGCAACCGGGAACCCGCUUUGGAUUAGAGAGAUCAGAGCAUCGUCUUUUAACAGCUGCGUCUCAUGCAGGCACAACUCUGGGCCGUUUCCUUUUCCCCGUGAUCCAGAGUGUGCAAGCUACUUUCGAUACAUUACGGACAGGCACAGGUUUUAUACCGACCGAAGAGGGGAUGCCCGACCAGAACCCCCCCCUUCCUCCCGGCUUCACCGCAAGGUCAGCUUCAUCACAUUCGCCCCACCCUCCAAUAUCAUCUCCAAAGGACGCGCAAUAUCUUGCUACGCACUGGCUUCCUGUCAGGGAGGAGACACUCAGAGUCCUCCGUAAGAGACGGAGCCUCUGGACGAAGACCCGGAGCCGGUCUACCACCCAGGAGUCACCCUCCUCCCCAGUGUAUGUUGAGAUUCCGAAGAAGACAGUGAAUCCAGAGGUGCAUGCAGUGGAAAUAUUCCUAGACAUACCGCAUGGCAUGCCAGGUGAAUGGCCAUCCCAUCACACCCCCUCUCGUAAUAGGAGACGCACCCCUCCACCCCCUAUCCCAGUCUCGCCUGGCACUGUCAAAGUGAGAAUAACCGGUCCAAAGCCGACAUCAACAUCCGACUACAUCAUCGCACUUCCUGAGACCCCUCCAGGUCGUGGCCGUCCUCCUCCACCUGACCGUCAGCCCACAAAGCUCAAUAGAGAGGCUGGCGAGGAAGCAGGAAAGACGCCAACGUCAACAGGUAAUGAGCCACAGAAAGGGAAUCGUCAUGGUACCGGGGCCCUAUCGACACCUCCGCAUCUCACACAAACACGUCCGCCCAGCCCCUGGACUGGGCCAGGUUCAAGCACAGAGUGGAAUCAAAGCCACUUGACUGCGGAUCAAAGGAUCGUGCUGCUGAAGUAUGUGGCUGGGGGCAGGCCGAGAGUAUUUCAUGAACUUGUUGGCCCUGGUGAGAGUAUUGAAAAGACUGACGACGGAAUUGGCAAGGGUACUGGCAAACCUGACGAUCCCACGCCACUACCCAACAAGGAGAAAGACCGAUUGGACACAAUGGGACGCCUGGGCUCGUACCUACGAGACACGUGGGGACUUUCCAGCACCACCAGAUGA